GACGUCACGAUUUGCAUACGUAGCAUACACGCCAUAAAUAAAAGCCGCUCCUCAGGUUUGGAGUCAGGAGCGUGAAACCGUUUCAUUCUAUUACUUUUUUUUUGUAACGCAUCGUCAUGACGACCAUCUCCUCCACCAUCUCGUCCUACCGAAAGCGGUUCGGCCACGACGGCAAGUCCGCGGCCCGCCGCUUCGCGAGCCCGGGUAGCGCGCUCGUGCAUUCCAACGCGCCCGCGGCGCUCUACCCGAGCAGCAACUCCCCCGGCGCGUGGAGCGGACCCGCGUCUCCGCCGACUCCGACUAUGGACUUCAGCCUGUCCGGUGCUGUGAGCGCGGAGUUUAUAACCUCGCGCCCAGGCGAGAAGGCGCGGAUGGAGUCGCUUAACGACCGCUUCGUCAUCUACAUUGAGAAGGUGCGGGUGCUGGAGCAGCGGAACGAGGCACUGCGCGCGGAGCUGGACCGCUGGCGCGGUAAGGGAUCCUCGCGCCUCGCUGAGCUGUGCGCGCACGAGGUGACAGAGCUGAGGCGGCACGUGGACAGGCUGACCAAUGAGAAAGCGCGAGCCGAGGUGCAGCGGGACAACUUGCUCGUGGACGUGGAGCGGAUCCGCGCGAAGUUGCAGGAGGAGAUUUUCAAAAGAGAGGGAGCUGAGAAGAGCACGCAGAGCUUCAGACAGGAUGUGGACAAUGCCGCUCUUGUUCGAGUGAACCUGGAGAGGAAAGUGGAAUCGCUUCAAGAAGAAAUUAUGUUCCUCAAGAAGCUUCAUGAAGCGGAGCUGAGAGAGUUACAAGCUCAGACCCAGCAGCAGCAGGUGUGUGUGGAUUUGGACGUGGCUCAGCCUGAUCUGACCUCCGCCCUCAGGGAAAUCCGGGUGCAGUAUGACAAUCUGGCCUCCAAGAACACGCACCUGUCGGAGGAGUGGUACAACUCCAAGCCCUAUUUGUCCUGGCUUAAGUCUCUCCAUAUUGUGGAUGUGGAUUUGCAGUUCGCCGAGCUCACCGAAGCCGCAAACAGAAAUAAAGAAACCCUGCGAGCAGCCAGGCGGGAGGCCAGCGAGUGCCAGAGCCAGGUGCGGGCUCUUACCUGUGACGUGGACACCCUCAAGGAGACAAACGAGGCUCUGGAGCGACAGAUGAGACAGAUGGAGGAGAACUUUGCUCUGGAGUCCUCUGGUUAUCAGGACACCAUCAGCCGUCUGGAGGAGAACAUCCUCAACCUGAAGGACGAGAUAGCUCGACACCUGAACGAGUACCAGGACCUGCUCAACAUCAAGAUGGCGCUGGACAUCGAGAUCGCCACCUACAGGAAGCUUCUGGAAGGCGAGCAGAACUGUCCUGAUUUUCGGAUCUCAGCCCCUUUGCCAAACUUCUCAACCCUCAGUCUGAGAGACCCUGUGCUGGAGUCCAGAACCACCACGAAGACCACUGAGACCAGAGAUGGAGAGGUGAUUAUCGAUUCUACCCAGAAACACGAAGACCCGGAGUGACCAGCCUCGUCCCUGCUUCGAUUCACACCUCGCCUAAACACAGCAACACACAACAGCGUCAUCCGUCCCCGCGAGGCGUACAGACCGCUAAUAACCGCCGUCCCUCACCUACGAUUUUCCAGUGCUUUUUCCACGGAGGAGCUGACGGAGAUCUUUCUCUAGAUAUUAAUGUUACAGUAAU